ACCAAACCUUUCGAAAGAGCACUUUUAAAACAAACAAAAACAAAGGCACUUUUAAGAGCCAUUCUCUCUCUAUAUCUCUCUCUCUCCCUUACUACUUCUCUCUCACUCUCCUACUACUUCUCUCUCUCUCUCUUGUCUCUCUCUCUCUCUCUCUCUCCCUCUCUCUCUCUCUCUCACACACACACACACACACACACACACGCAGACUCCUCUAUUUUGUGUAUCUGUAUUUUGUGUCUGUAUUGUCCAACUGUCUGAAAUGUCUGAAAUGCCAAAAAUCCCGAGGCUUUUUUCUGAUCCUGCUGAGAUCAGGGAUUACAUGGCUGGUGAAAUAAGUGACGCGCUACUCCUUGAGGCCCGAGCUGCAAUGGGAAACCCCUCUGUUUCUCCCAAGAAAAAGAGGAGAAAGAGAGCAGCCAAGAAGCAAGUGUACACAAGCCGACGUCAGAAAUCACCCAGACCUGCAUCAGCUUCCGUGAACCCAGUGAGUGAGGAAGUCCAAGUCCAGCUGGAAGGAAUUGAAUUGACUGCAAGUCUUGAAACUCGUCUUCAAGAGUUAAGGGGUACCCUUGCUUCUGAAGCUCCAGUGGCAACAGGAGACACGGCCUGGACACAACGCCAGGUGCUCGCUGGAGUCAGGGCAAAACUAGCAAGGCCUGUACUCCUAGAUGCCAAACUCUCGGCACAGAGAACAGCAACAGAAACGUGCCAGAAAUGCCUUGCAGAGAAGGCAGUUAUUCGGUGCCUGGAGUGCGUCCCACUGGACUUUGAGUACCUCUGUGGCAAGUGUGACAGAGAGGUUCACAGGAGGCAUGUCUUCCAUGACAGGGUGGCAAUAUUCCAUGGCUACCUAGAGCCUAUUCCCCCUACAAAGGCAGUGGUGAUGGAUGGGAAUGGCCAGCCUCACUUUUGUGAACAGGUAUGCCAGUUGCCUUUGCCUACCCAAAGGGUAAUAUGUGGGUGCACUGAAGAGGCUGAAGUCACCACUGGGAGGCAUAUUGCAGUGGUCACCAUGAAUGGACGAUAUGAGAUGUGUUUGCCCCGAAAGGUCUGCUCUACCUGCAAGAAAGAAUGGACUCCAGGGGUAAAGGACCUCCUACGUUAUAAUUACUGGCCAAGCACUGCCAACUGUCUGACUGUAUAUUCAUCUGACAUAUUUGAAGCGUUUUCCAAUUUAAAGUUGUCAGCUCCCUCCUUCUCAAGGCAUGCUUUUUUAAAGCUUCUGGAGCACCAGUCUGUUCAAAAAGGAAGGCCAGGGAAAGUCUGUGCAGACAUGUUUCAGAGGAGUUACUUUGAAUACUGCUUAUGCAAGCACACCGAGGACACAAUGUCUGAAGUUGACCCUUUUUGCUGUCCAGCCUGUCAACCUGAUAUGUUGGCCGUAUGCUGUGAUGGCAACCGGAAACAUUAUCGCUUCCAAAAAUCAAAGGGAACGGAGGAACCGUCUUUAUAUGAGGGCUUGUUCAUAGCAAAAGACGAGGAUGUUCUGGCUUUUCUGAAGAACAUCAGAGGAAGCAGUGGGUCAAGAGCCAAUGACAGUGGGACAUGUGGGGUCUCAAGAUUCAAGGCAUGUAAGGAGGCAUCCAAAAAAUCUACCUCCAAAAUCGAUGAAGAGGGUUUGCAGGUGGCAGUCUGCAGACACGGGAUAUUAUUGCGGGGACUGAACCAUUAUCGUGGGGAAAUAUAUGCAUAUCCUAUGUUUUUGCAAAAAGAAUUGGGAGAGAGGGCGAACGUUACAUUCUUCUGCAUGGACGUUGUCUGCAGGUACUGGCCAUACCUAAGCAAAGUGGUUGUUGAGUUUCCAUCUCUUCAGCCUUUGAUGCAUAUGAGACCAUUUCUUAGUGUAAUGCACGCCAAAGCACAUACAGCAAAAUGCGAGGUGAGAUGGGGUGGCAGGAAUCAGGAUGGAGCAGGGAACACCGUUGGAGAGGAAGUUGAACAAGUGAACAGCUUUCUCUCCAGGGCAGCUCUCGUCACUAAGUAUAUGACAAAAGCAGGGAGAGAAAAUAUGAUUACGCAGCAGGCCAUGGGUUGGAACCGGAAAAAGACCGUCAACCUCCACAAAUCCUUGGCCCACAGAUAUGUCGCAGUCUCAGAGAGGGCAAAAGUGGAAGCUGCCAGCCUCAGGGACUUUGAGGAAAAGAAUAAACUCAGUCAGCAAACAGUGGAGCAGUGGGUGUCUGAUGUUGAGCAAUGGGCAGUCACAGAGCGCGUCUACACACCAGGGUGUAUGGAGGACCUAAGGGCAGAGAUAGAAACCCUAUCAGUAACUCUUCUUCGCAAGAAGCAGGACCUCUAUCGUCAACAUGAUAGCAACCAGACCAGGCAAUCCAAACGAAGGAAAAUAAGAGAUUUAAAAAAAAAACUGAAAGAAAAGGUGUUACAGUACAACUUAUCCGAAGAAGACAAAAUUGAUGAGGACUUGGCCUGCAAUUUGACUGAGGGGUACAUCCUGCCGUGGGAGAGACAUGACGAUGGCAACUCAUUCAGGUUGAAGAGGUCACUCUUUGACCAAGUCAUGCUGCUUAAACGGUAUGAGGAGGAGCAGAUCAUCCUCGUUAAAGAAAUGUCUCAGCACAUCAGGUCAUUGAGGAAGGAGAUGAAUCGAGUGGAGAAACUGAAAGACAGCAUUAGGAUGGGCGAUUUUGGUGACAUGUCAGAGGAAGCUGCAAAAGGUUUUGAAAGUGUCCUAAUGCGGAGGUCCUCAGAACUGGAGAGUUCAUGCCAACAAGCUGUGAGCACAUAUAAUGCUAUAGUUGAUGAUUUAAGGAUUGAAGACGCUGAAUGCUGGGUGGAUUCUGAGGAUGAAGAUGGCUUCAGUAGUCCGGAGUCAGAGGAGGAAGAGGAUUAGUAAUAAUAAUAAUUAUAAUAAUUAUUAGAAAGGAAAAGAUUUUUAUGUAUUAUUUUGCUUUCUGUUAACUUUUUCCCUGUAUCCACUCUCUCUCUCUCCCUCCCACUCUCUCUCUCUCUGUCUUUCUCUCUUACUCUCUCUCUCACACAUACACACAUGCAAAUAUUCAAGUUCAGUUUGAAAUGGCUCAAUAUGCAUUAAUCAGUCUUCCUAUUUAUAUUGAGGAAGCUGAUGCUGAUUGUUUGAACAGACCGCAAUGGAAGGAGCAUGCAGUAUACUUGGCAAAGACACCUGUAGCUUGCGGUUAUAAAGUGUUGUCAUCUCUGAGUGAAAGGCAGGUAUCUGUGGCUCUUUCACUAAAGAGCUAGAUCAGGGAUGGGCAACUACUAAUGGUGGUGAGGGCCUUAACAACCUUCAAUGUUUUUACUUUGAGAAUAUUUGCAAUAAGAAAAACUAUAUUGUACAGUACUGUAUUUUUUAUUUAUUUAUUUAUUUAUUUUUUUCGAUUCGAGUGUCUUUUAUACAACAUUGUCAC